CGUAGGGCAGUAGCAACGGCAGUACCUGAUGGAAAAUAAACUCUAAAGUGUAGUUAUUAGACUGUUGGAUGGAUGGAAGUUAUUUGCGUGUGAAAGCGCGUUUUAUCUAAAGGCGUUCUGUGAGGGCCAGCGGGUCCCUUUCGGCUCUGGACGCUUCAGGUUGCCUGGAUCACGCACUCCCCACCGCGUGCGGUCACUAGACACCCUCAAGGGCUCAGCCUGGGACCCGGAAGCCGAUACUCCCGGCCCGGAGGCCGGGCUUGGCCUUCGGGUCCACGUGGCCGGAGGCCCGCAGCUGAUUGGACGGGGGCCGCUCCGCCCCCUGGUAGUCACGAGCCCCCGCCCGGCUGAGGCCAUGGAAGUGGUGGCCGUGGCGGUAGGGAUCCUGCUCCUGGCUGGGGCCGGGGGCGCAGCAGGCGACGAGGCCGGGGAGGCGGUCGCCGUGCGGGCGCUCGUGGCCCGGCUGCUGGGGCCCGGCCCCGCGGCAAACUUCUCGGUGUCAGUGGAGCGCGCUCUGGCGGCCGAGCCGGGCUUGGACACCUACAGCCUGAGCGGCGGCGGCGCGGCGCGGGUGCGAGUGCGCGGCUCCACGGGCGUGGCGGCCGCCGCGGGGCUGCACCGCUACCUGCGCGACUUCUGUGGCUGCCACGUGGCCUGGUCUGGCUCUCAGCUGCGCCUGCCGCGGCCACUGCCCGCCGUGCCUGGGGAGUUGACCGAGGCCACGCCUAACAGGUACCGCUAUUACCAGAAUGUGUGCACGCAAAGCUACUCCUUCGUGUGGUGGGACUGGGCCCGCUGGGAGCGAGAGAUAGACUGGAUGGUGCUGAAUGGGAUCAACUUGGCGCUGGCCUGGAGUGGCCAGGAGGCCAUCUGGCAGCGGGUGUAUCUGGCUUUGGGCCUGACCCAGGCAGAGAUCGAUGAGUUCUUUACUGGUCCUGCCUUCCUGGCCUGGGGGCGUAUGGGCAAUCUGCAUACCUGGGAUGGCCCCUUGCCCCAUGCCUGGCACAUCAAGCAGCUUUACCUGCAGCACCGGAUCCUGGACCGGAUGCGCUCCUUCGGCAUGAUUCCAGUGCUACCUGCGUUCUCGGGGCAUGUUCCCAAGGCUAUCACCAGGGUGUUCCCUCGGGUCAGUGUCACCCAGAUGGGCAGUUGGGGACACUUCAACUGCUCCUACUCCUGCUCCUUUCUUCUGGCUCCAGAAGACCCCAUAUUCCCCAUCCUCGGGAGCCUCUUCCUGCGAGAGCUGACUAAAGAGUUUGGCACGGAUCAUAUCUAUGGGGCCGACACUUUCAACGAGAUGCAGCCGCCCUCCUCGGAGCCCUCCUACCUUGCUGCAGCCACUGCUGCCGUCUAUGAGGCCAUGAUUGCAGUGGAUACUGAUGCUGUGUGGCUGCUCCAAGGCUGGCUCUUCCAGCACCAGCCCCAGUUCUGGGGGCCUGCCCAGGUCAGGGCUGUGCUGGGAGCUGUGCCCCGUGGCCGCCUGCUGGUUCUGGACCUGUUUGCUGAGAGUCAGCCUGUAUACAUCCGCACCGCCUCCUUCCAGGGCCAGCCCUUCAUCUGGUGCAUGCUGCACAACUUCGGGGGCAACCAUGGUCUGUUUGGAGCCCUGGAGGCCGUGAACCGAGGCCCAGAAGCUGCCCGCCUCUUCCCCAACUCCACCAUGGUAGGCACCGGCAUGGCCCCCGAGGGCAUCAGCCAGAACGAAGUGGUCUAUUCCCUCAUGGCUGAGCUGAGCUGGCGAAAGGACCCAGUGCCAGAUUUGGCGGCCUGGGUGACCAGCUUUGCUGCCCAGCGGUAUGGGGUCUCCCACCCGGACACAGGGGCAGCGUGGAGGCUCCUACUCAGGAGUGUGUACAAUUGCUCCGGGGAGGCCUGCAGGGGCCACAAUCACAGCCCGCUGGUCAGGCGGCCAUCCCUACAGAUGAAUACCACCAUCUGGUACAACCGAUCUGAUGUGUUUGAGUCUUGGCGGCUGCUGCUCUCAGCUGCUGCCACCCUGGCUGCCAGCCCCACCUUCCGCUACGACCUGCUGGACGUCACUCGGCAGGCAGUGCAGGAGCUGGUCAGCUUGUACUACGAGGAGGCGAGGAGCGCCUACCUGAGCAAGGAGCUGGGUUCCCUAUUGAGGGCUGGAGGCAUUCUGGCCUAUGAGCUGCUGCCGGCGCUGGAUGAGGUACUGGCUAGUGACAGCCACUUCUUGCUGGGCAGCUGGCUGGAACAGGCCAGAGCUGUGGCGGUCAGUGAGGCCGAGGCUGAUUUCUAUGAGCAGAACAGCCGCUAUCAGCUGACCCUAUGGGGGCCAGAAGGCAACAUCCUGGACUACGCCAACAAGCAGCUGGCGGGGCUGGUGGCCCACUACUACGCCCCUCGCUGGCGCCUCUUCCUGGAGGCGCUGGCUGCCAGUGUGGCCCAGGGCAUCCCUUUCCAACAGCACCAGUUUGACAAAAAUGUCUUCCAACUGGAGCAGGCCUUUGUCCUCAGCAAGCAGAGGUAUCCCAGCCAGCCGCGAGGAGACACUGUGGACCUGGCCAAGAAGAUCUUCCUCAAAUAUUACCCCCGGUGGGUGGCUGGCUCUUGGGGAUAGAUUCGCCACCCCUGGGCCUUGCUUUCUGCUAACUCCAGGCCAGGGCAGGUUUCCAGGGCCUGGAGUUGGACAAGCAUCACAGGGUAUCCCAGGCCUGGGAGGAGGCCCCACGGCCUGCUGGUGAGUCUGGCCUCGGGGGAAUUGGAGGGAAGUGAGCUGCCCUUCACCACCACCCAAAGUGUGGGAUUAAAGUACUGUUUUCUAUCCACUUAAACUGAUGAGUUACUGGGUCUGCCAGAAUGAGGUCACUGCUGCCACGCUUGGGAGGACUCAGGGCUAUAGCAUGGCCCCUGGGGUGGACCUGUUCUCCCAUCCCUUGCCUCAUGCCACCCCCCCUUUUUUUUUUUUAAAUAGAGUCUUGCUCUGUUGCCCAGGCUGGAGUACAAUGGCACCAUGUGGCACGGCAAUGGCCUCCUGGGUAGCUGGGACUAUAGGUAUGCAUCGCCAACGCCUGGCUAAUGUUUUUUUUCUUCCCUGAGACAGAGUCUUACCCUCACCCAGGCUAGAGUUCAGUGGAGCAAUCUCAGCUUACUACAACCUCUGCCUCCUGGGUUCAAGCAGUUCUCCUGCCUCAACCUUCCACAUAGCUGGGAUUACAAGUGUCUGCCACCAUGCCCAGCUAAUUUUUGUAUUUUUAAUAGAGAUGGGGUUUUACCAUUUUGGCCAGGAUGGUCUUGAACUCCUGACCUCAAAUGAUCCACCUGCCGUGGCCUCCCAAAGUGCUGGGAUUACAAGCGUGAGCCACCAUGACUAGCAGGAAAACCUUUUUUCAAACUGUGUUUUGUUUUUUCUUUGCUGUCGUGCCACAACAACGGUCACCAACACAGAAGACCUAUGUGAUGAAAUAUUUGGAGGAUUGUCUCCAUGCGCCAAGCAGUGGACAUCAGCUGGGUGUCCUUCAAUUCAGUUCCAAUGUAAUUUACCAAAGACAACGUCAGAUUCCACAGAGUUAGGGCGCAGACCCAUGAGACCACCCCCUCAUUCCCCAUCAGUCACAAGUCCUGGUCCCUGAAACUUCUGAUGGAGUGGCUUCAAGUUGGAGUUUCCAUGGCCCCCUUCCCCUCUUUGGAUUUAACUAAUUUGCUACAGUGGCCCACAAAACACAGGAAAACCAUUAUUAUGUGUACUGGUUUAUUAGGGAGGAUUUUUUUUUUCUUUUUUUAAGAAAAAAAUUUUUUUUUGAGACAGCCUCGAUUUCCCCUCCACCCCCUGGCCUCAGCACCCCACCCACCCCCAGUAGCUGGGACUCCAGGCACACACCACCAUGCCCAGCUAAGUUUUUUGUAUUUUUUGCAGAGAUGUGGGUUCCCUCUGUUGCCCUGACUGGUCUUGAACUCCUGGGCUCUAGCAGUUCCCUUGCCUCAGCCUCCAAAAGUGCUGAGAUUACAGGCAUGAGUCACCCAGCCUUGAAGGAUAUUUUAACGGAUAGAAAUAAACAGCCAUAUGGGCUGGGUGUAGUGGCUCACGCCUAUAAUCCCAGCACUUUGGGAGGCCGAGUCAGGUGGAUCAUGAGGUCAAGAGAUCAAGACCAUCCUGGCCAUCAUGGAAACCCCGUUGCUUCUAAAAAUACAAAAAUUAUCUGGGUGUGGUGGCAUGCGCCUGUAGUCCCAGCUACUUGGGAGGCUGAGGCAGGAGAAUCGCUUGAACCCAGGAGGCUGAUGUUGCAGUGAGCUGAGAUUGUACCACUGCACUCCAGCCUGGGUGACAGAGUGAGACUUCAUCUCAAAAAAAAAAAAAAAAAAGGAAACAGCCGUAUGAAGAGAUGCAGACAGGGGGCCCUGGAAGGGUCCACAGCUGGAGUUUCUGUCUCCGUAGAGCUAGGGUUACAUCACCCUCUGGGCACACAGAUGAGUUCUUCACCUUUCCAUCAGCCUCCACACCUUCGGCUCCCAGAACCAUGUCCUUUGGGCCUUUAUGGAGAACUUCGUUGGCUUCAUGAUUGAAGCAUGGACAACUGUGAAAAUGCUUGGACAAAAAGGGUCUGAUCUAAGCCCAGCAAGGCCGGUCCAGAUUCUUCCGGCCUUUGUGCAGCAUUCCUUUCUCCAUGGUGUGGGGCAAGGACCCACUCUGGAAUGAGGAUCCUACAACCCACAUCAGAUUAGAGUCCUGCCUUGGGCAGGUGAAAAGAGGACACGAGAAGGUCGGAAGAGGAGAGGCUGUUUUCUGAGUCCCGAGGCGCCCCAAGAUUACAGUGAAAGAUUGUAACCGUGGUCAUGUGAGUUAUGAGCUAGGAACUGUGGACGAAACCAACAUAUAUACAAUCAACUCCAA